GAUAAACAUCGUUUUCAAUGUACAUCUGAACAGAAAUGUCUCUCACUUCUGCUUGUGAAUGAUGGAAAGGCGCAAUGUAUUGGUAAAGAAGAUGAGGCUUUGUUUAAUGAUAUCGUAAUUACGAUUGAUUAUCUUCCUUUUUCUGCUUUCUGUAACAAUCGGGUUGAUAUAGUACCUAUAGAAAAUGAAACUGAUGAAACUCAUUGUGAACAAUGGCCAUGUGUGAAUCCAUAUACACGUUGUAAUGGAGCAUGGCAGUGUCCAAAAGGAAUUGAUGAAAUUAAUUGUUCAUCGAGUUUUCAAUGUCCUGCAAAUCAUCAUCCUUGUUUAUCUCCACAGAGCCGCAAAAUGGAUUGUUUACAUAUAAAUCGCAUUGAAGAUGGAAAUAUUGAUUGUCUUGGAUCAACAGAUGAACGAUCUCAUUGUAGAUUACAACAACCAGAAAAUGAAUUGAUGCGUUAUCGCUGUUGGAAUGAUACAAAAUGUACUACAGCUCCUCGUGCCUGUCAAGAUUGCGAUAAGUCCAACGAAUUCGAUCAAUCAUGUGAUUGGUUUAAUGACAAAAUUAUAGACAUUAUUAAUUAUGUAAAUCAUAUAGACGAUACUUAUUUCUUAAAGAGACAGCCAUUCUCUCAUAAAUCAUCACGUGGUUUUCCUCCAGUCCAAUUAUCAUUACCGAUUCACAAGCAGAUACAAAAUGGUAUGAUAACAACUGAGAAAAUAUCUGCUAUUAAGCAUAACAAUGAUCCAAGAUUAUGGUUAUGCAAUAAAGGAUUUAUAGUUCUUGUUGGUAAAAAUGAAACAGAACAAUGUCUUUGUCCAGAGAGUUAUUAUGGUGAUCUUUGUCAAUAUCAAAAUCAGCGUGUUAGUCUCACUAUUCGAUUACGUCAAGAAAAUUUAAGAAAUAUAAAUGUAAUUGGUAUUAUUAUUAGACUUGUUGAUCAUACUGGUUUUGUUCAUUCGUAUGACCAAAUUACAUACAAAUCCGUAAUUAAUUGUAAUUCGAAAUAUAAUAUGCAUCUUCUUUAUCAAAGUCGUCCGAAAGACAUGAUGAAGAAUUACACAAUCUAUAUUGAUGCAUAUGAUAAAGUAAAUCUUGCUUAUCUUACAAGUUGGAUUUUUCUAGUAAAAUUUCUUUUCAUGCCUGUUAAUCGUAUGAGUGCUCAAUUGAUAAUUCCAGCACAGCAAGAUUGUCAUUUAUUAUGUAGUGAUAAAUAUCUAAAAUCAUUAGCAAAUGACAAUAUCCAAUCUUGUCGAUGCUCAAAUUGGGUAAAUUCACUUUCUACGAUACAAUACAAAUGUGAUUGUUCAUCAGACUCAAUCUGUGUUGGUCGUAAAGAAAAUCGAUCAAUUUGUCUAUGCCCUUUGAGCAAAACAGGACCUCGAUGUUAUCUUAGUUCAGUCUGUCAAAUGAAUAACACAUGUAUGAAUAAUGGUACUUGCAUACCAUAUGAUUCUCGACAAUCUUUAACUAACUUUACAUGUGUUUGUCCAGAUGGAUUCUCUGGCGAACUUUGUGAAAAGGCAGAUAUAAGAAUAGAUCUGUCGUUUUCUGACGUAGAAGCUCCACAAUCUCUACUUAUUCACUUUAUCAACGUUGUGCCACGCAGUUUUACAAGCGGAAAAACAGAACCUAUUCAAGUAACUAUGUUCAAGAAAAUUCUAUUCAAUGAAAAAACUAUAACUUUACAUAUGUCAUUACCCUUUCAUCUUGUUUUCGUCGAAUUUAAGAAUAUGUAUUAUCUUAUUAUUCUUCAACAUGAUCAUACACCUUCAGUUAUUUUUUCUACACAAAUCUCUCAAUCACAACGUUGUCGACACAUAAAAGAAGUAUUAGAUGAAGUCAAAGUUGGUUAUCCACAUCUUCGUCGUGUAAAAUACUACCACGAUAUAUGUCAAAAUCAUUCUGAUCUUACUUGUUUUCAUGAUAAUUAUACAUUUAUGUGUUUAUGUACAGAACAAAAACAAGCGAGUUGUUUUCAUUUUAAUUUUACUAUGACUUACGAUUGUAAAGGUCAAAAUGAUUGUCAAAAUGAUGGACGAUGUUUUCAAGACGAUCCACAUUGUCCAAAACAAAAAAUGUGUGUUUGUCAAGAAUGUUUUGUAGUGCGUUGA